CUGCUCUUGCCUUGUCUCACCGUCACACGAGCAGGCUUCGCUCUGCCCGCUACGAAGCUGACUGCUUCUUUUCGGGCCUCUCAGAACGAGCUCUAAAUUCCAAGCGGAUCACUCGGCAUGCGCUCAUUACCUGCUCCGCCUGCUCGAUGUUGCCCUUCUUCCUCUCGUCGAAGCCCCCUCGGGUCGUUGUUGACAUCAUCGUCGUCGAAGCUUCGAAGGGCGGAACGACGUGGCUUGGCCGUCGGUCAAAUCGGAGCCUCGGCUCACGCCUGUUGGCCUCAGCUCACGGCUCACGCCCGCCUGUUGUUGGUUGGGCCGGGCUUUGCCCGCACUGGCGCGCCUGAAUUGUAGCGCGUGUGAACAUAUAUCACAUUCGCACUGCUCUGCUUAUUUGCAGCAUAGCACGCGUAGCAACACCGAGCAGGCUUCGUCGCUC